AUGAAUACCAUGGAUAUUGAAAAGGUACAGCUUGUUCCAAAGAAAUCCCAAUUAACGCCCCCUGAAGGUGAUUGUAAACUAGCAAGAAUCAAUGAGGUAGAAGGUGGAGAGACGACUCCCAUUACAUCCGUUUUCCCAAACAAUAAGUCUUUGGAAGAAUUCUUAUUUAUUGAAACACCUCCUGAUGCUCCUAUGCCAUCAACUUCCUCCUAUGUUUCCUCUCGACCGUCGACUGCUGGUCCAGCUUCAAAGUCCACCCAUGUAGAACGCAUUCCCACGGACCCUUUAAGCGGUGUCUUCUAUAAGGACUUCCCAUCAACAAGUCCACUCCACGGUCCUAUUAAUACCAAUCCAACAAGCAUAGGCAAUCUACCCCCUACCUAUCAUUCGGAUACUAAUUUAGCUACUCAAGCCGUCUCUUCACCAAUUAUCAUUCGAACACCCUGUCAGACUGCUGAAAGUACUGCGGAGAUUGUUCACCUUCCUCCUCAUCCUCCUCCUCCUUCUCAGGGACCAAAUACACAUUUGAAUGUUCGAGUUAAGGAUCGAGGUAUCUCCGCCUCUCUGGAUGAUUUACAAGAUGUUAACUUUUGCCUAGCUCUUGAAAAUCCACAUAAAAUAGACAACAAUGAUUCCUUGGAUCCAUCCACCUCUAUGAAAAAACCCUUCAUAUUCAGGACGGUAUCAGACUCCACGGAGGAAAGACCCAUUUCUGAUGCGGAAAUGAAACGAUUGAGGGAAAAAGGUGCUGCUGCGUGUUAUAGUAAUAACUCACGGCGUCGUUAUUGCUGUGAUGAUGAAAUGCCGAUGCAACUUAAAGUAGGAUCAUUAUGUGGCCGGUGCGCUUGCAUUGAGGAUGACUGUUCCUGUCGCAAGCACGCAGUUUCUGUGGCAAAUUUACCAAGUUUGAGGAAGGGUCGUCGAACCCCUGGACUUGAUGAAAUUAGUUAUGAUUUCAUGCGGGCUAGCGGAGCUAUAUCAGGCUUUUCUCAGCUGCGCAGCGUCAAGGGGAUUAAACAUGAUCGUGAGAAGCAGGAAUUAAGUUCAGCCCUCUCUCCGGCUUUAGCUGCAGGACUAGAUACCCACGGGGCUGUGGCACUCUUAGCGGCUAGCACCAGGCCCCGCUUAAUUGCUAGUAUGCGCAAGAAGACAGCGAAGGCGCAUUCCUCCCAGGAGGAAGUUCCAACAACUCAAAGAUCUACUACUUGGACCAAUAGUUUUGACAGCGGAAGCAAUGUGCAAUCCGCCACUGAAGAAUAUUCACGUUGUGGACCGCUGAAAGCAGAGGAGAUACCUUCUGUUCCACCAACGAGUAAACAGUCCUCUCUUGCAAAUAGACCCACAACUCACAGAGGUAGUAUAACUCUAGAAACUGGUUCUGGGACAAAGGGUUACAAACUGUCAACCGGUGAAUAUGAGGAUGGCAUGAAUAUGCUUGCCUCUGAAAGAAGUUGCACAGAGCAGGAGGCCACAGAAGAUCAAGACGAAGACACCCUGACUAACAGCGAUAUGACUAGGCCGAAACGACCCUAUUACUGUCAGAAGGCACAGCAAUUCCGAACGAGUUGGAGGACACAAUCCGUGGACACGCCAUCAAGCAUUAUGAAUUAUGGAUUAUCUCAAGAUAGAGCUCUAACUAUGGUGGAGUCGCAAUCAGAUAGUGAAAGUAUGAGCCCUGGAAAUGGAAUUGGGCAGGACAGGAAUGCUCAAGUGAAAGUGUAUCUGACAAGAGGGUCACGAAAUCCCGUAAAAACCAUAUUGGUAAAUCAUAAUGCAAACCCUAUGGCAGCAAAUGCUGACAGACUUCGAGCAAGAAGGCAGCGAACAUUUUCAAACCGUAAUCAAUGGCGAUCUGUACAACUCUCACCUUCCCAUGACACAGAAAUCGAUAGGAGGGGAGACGAGAGGUCGUAUAACGCAUCACUACGUGAAAGUCGGGAGUCCUAUGUUGGGAAUCGUGGCAAUAUCAAACCACCCUCUAAUUUUGGAUUUAAAAAGCCUCUCUUUUGGAGAAAUAGGAGUGGCUCGCCUUUCUUUAACUCCAUGGCUUCUAUCACUGAUACUACUAAAAUGGGACAGUCGACCAAAUCUUCCGAAGUUGGUCCAACCUCCAUUCUUAAAGCUCAAAUUUCAAAUAAACCCUCGGAGAUGAGAAGUGAUGAAGACGCCACAUGCUUAGAGCCCAUAUUUACUAUUCGCCAGCGUCGGUAA